GUGCAAUAGGCGUGGCAACAAUAACAAAUAUGUCUGCCUCCAGUUGUUGGUGUUGGUGCGUUGCUGUUUGCUCCUUUGGCCGCGUAGAAAUAAUGAACCCAUGAAACAUAUUGCACAAUGUCUAAAAUAGUCGAAAAGACAGUGAAUUCUCUCCAGGCUUACGUGAGCCGGAACAUUCUGAGGGGAGAGUUUCUUCUACAAGACUUCACGCUGGAUAUCGCCUCUGCCGCAUCGAAAGAGGAUGAAAACGAAAUCAUUGCCAGGAAACUGUCGGCGUUAGAGCAAGACAUGAAAGAUUAUUCAAAAACGGAUCGUAUAGAGGAGUACCUCCUUCAGGCUAUGUACCUGGAAAUGUUGGGGCAUCCAACGCCAUUCGCAUAUGUUCAUGCCGUCAAGCUUCUGCAGCAAGGACAACUCAACCAAAAGCUGAUAGGUUAUCUGGCAACAACCGUGUUCUUGGAUCCGAGUCACGAGCUGGUUGUACUUUUAAUCAACAGCAUUCAGAGGGACCUGGCAAGCAAAGUUUCCCUUGUCGUUGUCAUGGCACUUGAAAUCAUACCGAAACUUAUUCACGGUGAAUUUGCCUUGGCUGUUGAGCCACUCGUCAUUGAGAAGACAAAGCAUUACAGCUCUGCAGUGCGCAAAGCAGCCCUCGUAACUCUUCAGCACUGUUACUCCCAGUGUGGUUCCACUCAGAUUCCAUUGGCCCCUGUACGAAUCUUGGAAAAAGGACUAGCUGACACUGAAAUCAAUGUAGUGUCAUCAGCAGCUCAGUGUAUACGAGCAUGUGCAAAGGACAAUGGUGGUGAAAUUGGUCACCUGUGCUCCCCUUUGCUGGAUGUGCUAAGUCAACUCAGGUUGAAGAGGGCACACAGUGAUUACGAGUUCGGAGGAAUCUCAGCACCUUGGCUCCAACUGACUAUUCUCAGUGCCCUGGGUCAUCUGCAGCUUAAUAAAGAGCAAACGGAAAAUGUUUUAAGUACAUUGAAGGAAAUUUUGGAUUCAAGGAUUGUUAACCAGACCAUAUACUAUGGCAUACUUUGGGAGUCCUUAAACACACUUUCCAAAGUCCUGACUGCUGGUAGCCCUCUUCAGAAGAGUGCAGUAGAUUGCAUUGCCAAGAUGCUUCACUCAAACAGCACUGAUCUGAAUUACUCGGGUGUUGAUGCCCUGGAGCGAGUCCUUGCGAAGUGUUGUCCUUCAGAAGCGGUCACAUGUCAAGAUGUUAUCAUCGACUGUCUCCACCACCCUGAUGAAAGUGUCCGGAUUAAGACACUCAACCUCCUCAUCACUAUGGCCAAUGCAACCAAUGUAGCAGCCAUUGUGCAACGUGUUCUGAAGUAUGCCGCAACGGUUGUGGAUUAUUCUGUUCGGUCAUUUGUGUGUGAAAAAGUUGUUCAUCUGCUGAAGCUAUAUUCAGGUGAUGUCAGAUGGUGCGCAACAACAUUCGUUAAUCUGCUACUCAUUGCACCAAGUCACAUAACAGAGGCCACAGUUCUUCAUUUCAUUAACAUAUUCAAGAAAGAAAAAGGAGCAGUUCUGCCAUGCAUAAUACCCGAGUUGCUCAAGGCUGACGCCAUCUACUGUGGAAAAAAUGCAUCAUUAAUGAUAUUGCUGGCGUGGGGGAUUGGAGAAGUCAAGCCAGAUAUGCCAAGUGGCUGCUCGUUCUUGGAGUCUGUGCAGAAGUUGCUGGUUAUCCUGGAAGCUUGUCAGCAUGACAGCCGUCUGUGUUUGUGCAUCCUCACAUCUUUGUCCAAGCUGCUACUCAACUGGAAACGUCCACUUCAAGAUGACAUGGGAACACUGACUCGUCUCGCGAGCAAUGACACAUCACCACUGGUCAAGCAGAGGUCACAAGAGCUCCUCAGAUGGAACAAGCUCCUUCAGCAAAAAGACAGCACCUUGGAGAAUGGUGACUAUGAAAAGGAAAAUUUCAAAGUUGACACUACACUCUCUUUUUUGGAUGGAUACAUAUGCAAAGCUCUUGAGGCAGGUGCAAUGCCUUACAAGCCUCGAGUCUUCACUGCAGUGACCUUGGAAGAUGUGAGAACUGCAUCCGCUGCUGUGUUCAACUUGGACAUAGCUGGCGCCACUUGCUGUUCGGAAUCAGACAUGGAUGUUUUGUCUCCGGACUAUCAUUCAUUCGCAUCUGAUGUGCCAUUUUCUGAGAGUUCUGAAAAGGCCAGCCCAUGGUCAGCAACAGGCCGGAGAAAAAGUGAAAGCAAAGACCGCAUAGAUACAAGACUCGAAGGCAAAAAUGUUGAUUCUUCGAAACAGGAGGAUGUGGAACUCUUGAAAACACUUUUCUCACCUAUUUCUAGUACGAAUGCAGCGAAGGCUGCUUCAGUUGUUUCUCCAGAUUUUAACUCUGGAAAUGUUGAUGCGGCAUCGUCAUCAGGGCUGCAACAACGAACGGCAGCCGUGUCUAAAAGUGCAGAGCUCUGGGGAAUUGAGCUAAAGCAACACAGCUGAUGAACGAUGAAAAGCAUUGUAAAAAGCUGAAGUGCUUCAGUAUUGUAAUGUAAUGUUUUGAAUAUAUGCAUGACAUUUUCCAAGUGUUAUGGUAA